ACCAUAAAGUUCUGGCCAAUUAAAUGGACUUUAUGUUUAGUGAUAUUUGCUUUAGUCUAGAUGGCGACACUUUUUCAUUCAUAAAUUAGUUCAAAAUGCCUAGUUGUAUGGUAACUUGUGGUCUCAUGUUUUUUUCUCAUGUUUACAACACAAAACAACGUUUACUUAUUGAUUUUUGGGUUGAUACAGCAAUUUAUUAGCAAUAGUGCCGUUAUUAAGUAGUGUUUGUGUUAAGCAAGUAAAGCGUAUUUUUGUGUGGAAGACCACAUCGGCGUGUGACCGGCACACCCAGGAAUGUGUCUGAAAUGUCUGUAAGAGUAAAGGGGACGUGGACAAAUCGAACAUCCUUUUAAUUUAAAUUUUUGGCAGAGCUAACUAAAAUGUUCCAAAAAGCUCGAACAUCGGGAUCCGUAACUAUGACUAUGAAACGAUAUGACGGCCGAACGAAACCUGAACCACGGGAUGGCAAACCAGUCAUUAAAAACCCUCAGUACAAAUGUCUGGUUAGAGCACAAUCACGGAGCAAAAAGAUAUCCACAGUGAUAGAACAAACAGAUGUGGAAACCUUCAGUACAGCAUACUCAAACCUUCUCAAAACUAGCGUGAAUGGUUUGAAACGUUUGAAAAAACCCAAGAAAAAAGCAAUGGCAACCCAAUAAUGAUUUUUGGAGUUGUGACAAUGAGUCAAGAGACUGAAUUAUUAAGUGCGCAAAUGUCUGAACAAAAUGUGUACUUUGGCGUACCAUCGCCAUAUCCUAGCCUAGGCCGAGGUCCAUUGAACUAUGCUCUUCUCCUACAGGGAUUGAAGAGUUGGUCUUGUCUGCUGCUGCUAGUGAAGAAAGCGCAGCUCGAGUCAUUGACCAUCUGUCCUAUGCACCUAAUUUUUAUAUCCAUUAUAAUUUAAGUUAUAAUAUUUUCAAAUUAAAAGCUGUUGAUUCAACCACC